UUGGUAGAACAAAAUUCGCAACUCAAAAAGGAAGCUGCGCUGUCGGACCGCAAACUAACUGCUAGAAAUGAGCGCAUUCAAAACUUGGAGUUCUUGUUAAAAGAAGCUCAGAAUAAGUUAUUGAUUCAAAAUGACAAGUUUGAAUCUCAAUUACAAGCUGUUAGAGGCCGUCUAGAACAAGCUCGUACGCAUAAAUCGCAAGGUGCGUCUAUGUUAAGCUUCAAUAGAAUUGCUAAACCUCUCCGAGGUGGUGGUACCAUAGUCGAAACGUAA